CUUCAGUUUGUAUUCGACUUUCACAUUGUAAAGACAUAGUAUCGUUAGAGUAAAAAUUAAAUUUUCGGUUUUCAACAAUUUUGGAGCCUUAUUUUACCAGGCGUUUUUCUACUUCACACAACUAACAUGAACUAUUCGGAAACUAUGGAUGAUAAAAGAACCCUAAGGGAGAUAAUGGAAGAAUCCUUGACCCCAGAAAAUAGGCAUGUUACUCGCACAAGGACGGUGGUAAAGAGUGCUAAGCUUCAAAGGAUGACCACCAGACCAAGCCCAGGGGCUUCCAGGUACAAGCAAAGCAUUGCCCAUCUGAAGGCAAGCUCUCUUUCAAAGAAGAGGUGUUUACAGUACAAGGGAAAAUAUGAACCGAAGCAAGCCGAAGACCAGUGGGCCAAUACCCCGUGGUUCCAGGGGGCCCAAUCCCAGGAAGCGGUUCCCCCAACCGAAGAUGCGAAAACCCUCCAGUGGGCUUUUAACCAACCCGCGGUACCCCAAACGCAGCACUCGUGGUUCCAAGGGGCCCAAACUCAAGGCGCAGCUCCCCAACACUCGUUAUUCCAUGUGGCCCAUAAUCAACCCCGAACCGAAGACUCAUCGUUCCAAGAGGCCCCUUGCCAACCCGCGGUACCCCAAACGCAACAGUCGUGGUUCCAGGGGGCCCAAACUCAAGGCGCAGCUCCCCAACACUCGUUAUUCCAUGUGGCCCAUAAUCAACCCCGAACCGAAGACUCAUCGUUCCAAGAGGCCCCUUGCCAACCCGCGGUACCCCAAACGCAACAGUCGUGGUUCCAGGGGGCCCAAUCCCAGGAAGCGGUUCCCCCAACCGAAGAUGCGAAGACCUUCCAGUGGGCUUUUAACCAACCCGCGGUACCCCAAAUGCAACACUCGUGGUUCCAAGGAGUCCAAACCCAAGCCGCGGUACCUCCAACCCAAGACUCGGUACCGCAACGCCAACAUUCGUGGUUCCAGGGGGCCCAUAAUCAACCCGAGGCUCCCCGAACCGUAGACUCGUGGUUCCAAAAGGACCAAACCCAAGAGGCUGUACCCCAAGCGCAAGUCCCGUGGUUCCAAGGGGCCCAUUCCCAAGGUGCGGCUCCUACACCCCAAAACUCGUUCCAAGUGGCCCAUAUUCAACCUGCGGGGCCCCGAUCUCUGCACUCUUGGUACCAAGGGUUCCCCGAACCCUAGACGAGUAGCUCCAAGGGGCCCAGUACUAACCAGAGGUUCCCGAAGCCCAAGAUGCGUGCUUCCAUGGAUGCCAUAACCAACCUAUCAAGUGAUCCAAUCCCAUUCCAAAGGGUCGUGAGAGCACUAAUGUUAUAAAUUAACUAAUGUAUAUAGUAGUAUUAUGG